GUUAUCAUGGACACAUUAAAGGGACGUCACUCGGCAAACAUACUGUAUAAAGUGUACAGUCAGAAUGGAGUUAUCUUAUUUCUCGUUUGUUUUUAUUUCAUUUUCUUGCUUUUUCUUUCAAGCAGUCUCUCGUCCAGCGAAUGUAGACAACAGCAAGGGGCGAGCAUUCCUGCUCUCCUUCAUCCCCACUCUCGGCAACGCGAGUCAGAACGGCGUCAUCGUAACCACAGAAACCAAGACGACUGUCUUCAUCAACAUCCCGGCCACUGGCUCGCUGACACGUCACUUCCUGAACAAAGAUUCGUCGUUCAUGUUCAAACUCCCGUCCGGCACAACCGUCCAAGGCCCGAGGGUCCACAGGAAGCAGGCCGUGGCCGUCUACUCCACGGACCCGGUCAGCGUGUACGGCGUGACGCUGGGGGAGGGGUCGCAGGGCGCCUACCUGGCCCUGCCCAUAGACAAGUGGGGGAACCACUACGUGGUGGCCACGUACCAGGGACUCAACAAGACGGGAGGUGAGAUAGUAAUCGUUGCUGCAGAAGAUGACACAACAGUGACGAUAUUAUUCAAUGUUUUAACUUCAACUAGAUGUCUGGGGAAGAAGACGAGUUUUGACAGACAGCACACCAUGAGGUCUGACCUGGGCAGGGAAGAUGUGCUGCGUGUCUUCUGUGAGGACGACCUCACCGGAAGUAUCAUCAAAAGCAGCAAGCCAGUGGCGGUCAUCUCGGGGACUCCGUGUGCUGCAAUCCCUCAAGGUAGCCCUGAGUGUGACCUGAUUGUGGAGAUGAUGCCCCCUACACGAGUGUUGGGCAGAGAGUACGUCGUGCCCACUUUGGCUGAGCGCAAGUCCAUCAUUCGUGUUGUUUACCUCGAGCCUCUGAGGGUGACAGAUAAAACAAAUGUGACCUUCACCUUUUCGGGCGGGGUAGGCGCCUUCACCCAGGACAACCGUCUGUUUACCGAGGUGGCCAUCUUGCCCGGGACUGUGGUCAGACUUAACUCCAGCCAGCCCGUGCUUGUGGUUGUCUACACGACCAGCGCAGGGGUCAGGGACGGCAAGGUGAAGGUCGGGGACGCCUCCAUGGCCGUGGUGGCGCCCGUAGGGAGGUUUGACGCCUGCUACAACCUGAACGUAGACUGGACCCAGCUGCUGGGGAACCUGACGUCAUACCUGUACCACGUGACGGCCGUGUGUCCAGACAACAACACCCUGCUGGACAUCGAUGGCUUUAACGUCAACAGCAGGAGGCAGAGUGGUUUCAAUAUCUACGAUGCACGUAAACUAGACCGGAAGUUCCUAGACCACCAAACCUUCCCCCCCUCCAGCAACUUGAUCUUGACAGUAUCUGGGCCUGGCUCAGGCAUGGCCCUACCCCUGGGGCUGAAGAUUGACUUUUUCACAGGGGUAGACAACUGCUCGUCUGAUCCCUGCAAGAACCAGGGCAUCUGUUACGUCACAGGUAACAAAGUCACGUGCUACUGCGGUGACCAGCUGUCGGGAGACAGUAAUGAACAUAACCCUGACAACCUCACCAAUUUCAUCAAGUACAACAACAACAGCAACAUCGACAACAACACCGUUACAACAUCAGGAAGAUGGUGUGCGUGCACCUGUAAAAACAUCACGCAAGACAUAAUUGACGAGAAGAAAGAGGAGAUAGAGAAAGAGUUGACGAUAGAUGCUAAAACAACACACAACACACGGAUCAAAUAUGAAAGCGCGUACGAUGAAAGACCCUCGGCUGCUGGGAUAGGCAUUCUCGGAGUUCUAUUUUUAGCCCUGGCAUUCGGAAGUGUCGUUUUAUUGGAUGUCCUAUCGGCAGUCUCUUACAUCGUCACUCGCUUUAUGCGCAGAAAAAAGAAAGAUAACCACGAAAAUAAACCCGCUAACUUAGGACAACCAGCGGUUACUUCCCCUGAAGAGAGACAGCCCUCAUGGAAAGACCGCAUCACGUUGAUACAGAGAUACACGUUGCCGCGCGCCAAGCUGGACGGUGACGUGCUGUCGGUGAAUGGGGUAGACUACGACACAUUCAACCUGGGGGAUAAACAAACUGAAGGCCCCACCCUCGACAUGUCGCCGUACGAUACUCCUUCGAAGCCCGACCCAGAGGGUCAAGUAGAUGAGUAUCAUCUGUACGAGAACAUUCAAGACCUGAUCGAUGAGCUUCAGUCACAGAAAUAGAUGUUCAAUAGAUGUUCAA